AUGAAGCGGACUAAACACCGUAUGCGUGACCAGACUGGUACACAUGUUUACCAUAUCUUUGAGGAUGACGAAAUCAUAGACGGCCAGAACAUCAAGAAGUUUGACCGUCUUGUCCAUGGUCCCAAUGUCGACGCUGACGAUUGGGGACCUAACGUCACAAACAUCCGUAAAGGCACUACUACCAAAGUGCUUCAUCAUUGCGAUAGUCAUAAUAUUGGUUGGGUCCGAUGUGGCAUGGAGAUAAAAGUAAUGUCAGUUGGCUGCAGCAGACAUCAAAAUGACGAGAUGAAGAGGGUCUAUGAUAAGCUCCGAAGGAAAAUUCCGGUAUACGGUAGAGAACUCAACAACCCAAAUAUUGCUUUGACAGAAGACCCCGCCCAAGGACCUGUAGACCUAAAGGAGGUGGCUCGGAAAGCUGUUGAAGAGAUGGAAGAGGAGCUGGCAAGUGGCCGCGAAGUAGAUGACAGCAUGUAUCCGCAUCAGAAAAUUAAGGAACAAAAGCGCAAGGAUUGUUAUAGACAAAAAGACAUAAAAGAAGCUAAUCGUCAACAGAAAUAG